AUGACUGACGUCCCACCUACUCCAACAAAUAAAGGCGGCUGGAAAGAUUUUGUUGCCGGCAAUUUUGCCGGUAUGUCACAAGUCAUUGUUGGACAGCCUUUAGAUACAAUUAAGGUUCGACUUCAAUUAGAAUCUACAAGAUUCAAGGGUCCUAUGGAUUGUUUCAUGCAAACCGUAAAAAAUGAAGGCUUUUUUGCCUUAUAUAAAGGAAUGGCUGCUCCACUAGUUGGCAUAGGUGCCGUGAACGCUUUACUAUUCGCAGCUUAUUCACGACUAAAAUCUAUCCAGGCCACGUCUCUUAACGAACAAUUAGCUCUCCAUAAGAUAGCACUCGCUGGCGCAGGUGCAGGAUUAAUUAACAGCGUACUUUCGUCACCUGUGGAAUUACUCAAAAUUAAAAUGCAAGCGCAGUAUGGAAGUUCUAAGGCGAAAAUUGGAACCGGUGAACUUAUUUAUAAAGGACCUAUUGAUUGUGCUAGACAUUUGAUAAGUGAAUUUGGUAUUCGUAACGGAUUGUUUCGCGGGUUUUGGGCAACCGUUGCACGUGAAAUACCUGCAUAUGCAGGGUUUUAUUCCGGAUUUGAAUAUUUCAAAAGAAAGUUAACUCCAGAAGGAAGUAAUCCUGAUAUCUUACCUCCAAGUAAAUUAAUGCUUGCUGGUUCUUUUGGAGGAUUCUCUUAUUGGUUAUGUUGUUAUCCACUUGAUGUUGUAAAAUCUAAAGUGCAAAAUAUGAAAAACCCACCCAAAGGGGUUUUUUAUGUUUUUACAACCAUAAGUUCAAUAUAUAAAACCGAGGGCGCAAGAGCAUUUACUCGAGGUAUUACUCCAACAAUAAAAGAAAACCUUAACCUUAUACGAGAAGAACUUCGAAAAUUCGGUAACGGCUCGAUAGAAUUCAAUUCCUCUUUUUCACCUGGAAUUGGUUUGAUAAUACUUCACAAUUCUGAACGACAUAAUGCCUUAAGUGGUAAAAUGAUGGCCGAAUUGGCUGAUAUAGUUGAUAAAUUAGAACUUAUAACACUAGAUAAAACAAAUUCAAAACAAGAAACUGAAUUAAUAGCAUUAAUAUUAUCUGGAGACGGAAAUACUUUUUGUUCCGGUUUAGAUUUAAGUGUAGCGAAAAACCAUAUUCUGACUAAAGAAAAUGGUAAAAAAAUGAGUUCGCUUAUGCAAGAUACGCUCUUACGUUUUAGUCGACUUCCCUUAAUUUCGAUCGCCGCAAUCGAAGGUCAUGCAUUAGGAGGAGGAGCGGAAUUAACAACAGCAUGUGAUCAUCGUUGUAUCUCAGUCGCCGCUAAAAUCCGAUUUGUACAAGUGAAGAUGGGUAUUACAACAGGGUGGGGUGGCGGUGGAAGAUUAAUCAAUAUAAUUGGUAAAACGAAAUCUUUAAGAAUCUUGGGAGCAAGCGAGGUGUUAACUGGACAACAAGCAUAUGAUAUAGGUUAUGCAGAUAUAAUUGCAGAAAAUGAAACAAUGAACCUUUACACACUUCGAUUUCGAGUUAUUCGUCGCUCCGGGAUCUCGCAAUGUUUAGCAAGAUCACAACAAAUUAGAUCAUUAUCUAACACUUUAGAACGUAAAGAAGAAAACGUUGAUACAAAAGAAAUCAUUAAUGACUGGAAAGCAAAAGUAACAAAUGACGUUGACAAUUCUGUUGACACUAUCACUGCUACACCUCUUCAACUUUUAACAAUUUCUCUGAGAAGAAAAUAUAUAAUAGAUGAUCUUCUUGCUACACAAAUUCCUCCGAAGGGAACUCGAAUCCCUCAAAAUUACCAUUUAGCAUAUUUCCCUCCUAAAGUUUACGAAAGUGAGUUAGAAAAUGACGGAACGGAAUCUAGAUAUGCACCACCUCCACCAUUCUCAAGGAGAAUGUGGGCGGGUGGAGAAUUAUCUUUUAGUGCGAAUAAUCCAUUACGUGUUGGGCAACAAGUUUCAAUGAAUACAAAAUGUCGUGAAGUCAAUGUCAAGUCAAAUCCUAAGGGAGAGAACAUCUUUUUAUGGCUAGAUAGAGAUAUUAGUAAUGAAUUAGGAUGGAGCAUGAGGGAAACCAGAUGCAUAGUGUAUAUGAAAACCGAGGAAAAGAAACCGGAACAAAGAAUAAUUAAAUUAAAUAAGGUUCCGGAUUUUGAACAAACCAUAUUCCCAACUUCACUUUUACUAUUUCGAUUUUCGGCUUUGACGUUCAAUAGUCACCGUAUACAUUAUGAUCACUCUUAUGUAACUCAAACGGAGAAAUAUUCUGGAUGUUUGGUCCACGGGCCUCUUACGCUUACGCUUCUCGUUGAUUUAAUGAGAGAUAAUCUUCCAAAUAAAACAUCGUUCAUUAAAACUUUUACCCAUCGAGCUGUUAGUCCUUUAUUUGUAGAUGAAGAAUUUAAAGUGUGUGGAAAGAGAAGCGAAUCAGAUGAUCCGAAUAAUAAUUCUUAUGAAUUAUGGGCAGAGAACAAACAUGGCGGAGUUGCCAUGAAGGCCACUGCAAUUCUUGACAAUAUUUAA